GAACGAACAACUCGUCAUUCACCUCCGAACAGGUAGAUGUCGCUGGGGUAGUGAGAAACUUGCUGUUAAGGCUUGAAAGUUGGCCUAUCAUCUAAGAGCGUCUCUAUGUCUUCUUCAAGGAGGAAAGCCAUAGAUAUGCGAGCUAGAGACGCCAACUUUCAGCCUCUAAUGCUGGAUUCAGCGAAUCUGUAUCUCUUGCACCGAAGGCCGCAACAGCAAAACAUGAACUACUCCAGCGUUACCCAGGAAACGUUGACGCCAGCAAUAGAGCAUCUGUUACAGCGGUUGCAGCUCUCUUCGUGCGCAGGGACGUCGCUGAACAUGGAGUCUAG